AUGCCAUCCUCGCGAUCUGAAAGUGCCAGGACCCCCAGGCUCGACAGCGACAGCUUCGUGGCGUUCGACCAUGUCGCCGCCGGACAGUAUGUCCCCACCCCUGGUGCCUACAAUCCAACAUAUGCUAACCUCUCUAGCGACGGCGUGCGCUGCACUCUGUCCGGCUCCUAUAUCGCAAAGCCAUGCACCCCCGAAGAGGUUGCCUUCUACGAAUCCAGCGCCCUCCACCCGGCCUUCCGCGAAUUCAUGCCCACCUACAUCGGCACCCUGACCUCCGGUGACCAGCAGGAAUCCCUCGCUGCUGUCGCCGAACAAACCGGCGCCAUCGUUCUCCCCGCCUCCGAGGACUCGUCCAACUCCGACACCCCCGUCCCAACCGCGACGCCACAACCCGCCGCCGCCGAAGCGGCCUCCACCCCGGCAGACGCGGAGACUGCCUGGGUUCCGUCGAAUGGGAAGAAACUCGAUACCGGCCUGUCGAUUGUGCUGGAGAACGUGGCGUGCGGAUUCAAACGGCCGAACGUACUGGAUGUAAAGCUCGGCGCGCGGCUGUGGGCAGACGAUGCGCCGCUGACGAAGCGCGCCAAGCUCGACGCCGUUUCCAAAGAGACGACCAGCUCGACGCUGGGCUUCCGCAUCGCCGGCAUGAAGGUCUGGACCGGCGUGAACGGCGAAGCGGAUGAGGGGGGCAAGACGGACCCGUACGCGACAAAGCACGAGGGCGGUGAGGGCGCGCGCGGCGAGGUCGUCGAGAAAGACGGCUACAGACGCUAUGAUAAGUGGUACGGGCGGUCGUUCCAUGCGGAGAACGUCAGGGAGGGCUUUGAGACCUUCCUUGCGGGCGCGAAGGCUGGCCCUGUGGACCGCUCGAAGAUGGUGGCGCGCCGGUUCGCCGACGCCUUGCGCAAUGUGCAGCAGGUCCUGGAGUCGGAGGAAAGUCGCAUGUACUCGUCAAGUGUCUUGAUCGUGUAUGAGGGUGACCCCGAGGCCAUGGAGCUUGCGCUCGAGGAAGAAAACAAGGCCAAGGAAAAUCCGCCAGAGGAAGAAGACGACGAGGAGGAAGACUUUGACUUGCAGCUCCAACCGGAUGGAUCUUUCCAGGUUGUUGACCUCCCGGCUGGCCAGGGUGGUGCACCGCAGCAGGCUAUCAAUAUCAGUAUCGACCCCGAGACGGCGCCGCAGCUGGCAGAUUUGGAGGACGAGGAUGAGGAGGAAUCUCCGAAGGUGCACGAUCUGCGGCUGAUUGACUUUGCGCACGCGAGCUGGACCCCUGGACAAGGUCCGGAUGAAAAUGUGAUCAUGGGCGUCCGGAGCCUGGCAAAGCUGUUCGAGGAACUGGCAGAGUGA